AUGGCACCACCCACUUGUGGAAAUCCUCUACUACAGCAAUGGAUGAAAGAAGAGAUGCUCAGAACACAAGCAACGAGUAGCAAAAUGUAUUAUACCUAUAAAAAAGCCUAUGAAUCACUGACCAAAUGUCCUAUUGUAUUUGAGCAUCCAUAUCAAGCUGUCCAGCUGGAAGGCAUUGGACCCAAGAUUGUAGAUAUGCUCACUGAUAAGAUGAAGGCCUACUGCGAAGAACAUGGUUUACCAAUGCCACCAGCCCCAAGCAAAGCGAAACGAAAACGACCACCGCCCAGCAUGACCGACGACGACGACAACAUUCAACUAGAUGAGAAUGGCGUGCCUAUCCCAUUUCGACCCAAGAAGAGAACCAAGGCUUAUGUGCCUCAAUACAGAACAGGCGGCUACGGCAUUUUAUUGGCCUUGCUGGAUCUUCAUGAUUACGGUAGAUGCAAUGCCACACAACAGCAAAUUGUGCGACUCGCUCAGGAUCAUUGCGAUGCAUCUUACAGUCUAGCAGAACCGGGAAAAAACUAUACAGCGUGGAACAGCAUGAAGAAUUUAGUGAACAAGGGAUAUGUCUAUAAAAAUGGAUCCCCCACGAAAUACCAGCUGACAGAGACAGGCGUUGAGUUGGCACAAAAGUUAAAAGAGAUCAAUGAGAGUAGAGGAGGUGGCCGUGGAAGCGGAAGCGGAAGUGCUAGUACGAGUACAUCAGCUACAGCGCCGAGAUCCAGACCAGCAACGUUACCCACAUCUUCUGGAGCAUCAUUUGCAGCAGCGAUAGGCAGUGGCAGUGAGGAUGAUGAUAUUGGCAUUGACAUGAGUCAUUAUGUGCUGAAUCCAGAACGCUAUUCUUCCAUCUCCAUUAACGGCCGCACAUCCACAGCGUCGUCUUCCAGUAAUCCUUCCACAGCGAGAUCUCGAAACAACCGUAGUCAAUUUGACAGUAAUGAUGAUCUUGGUGAUUUGAGUGGUAUUGAUUGGGAUGCAAUUGAUCGACAAGAGAAAGAGCAGCAGCAACGACAACAACAGCUCAGACAGGAAUCUCUACCGCGACCUUCUACAUCCUCUUCCAGAGCAGAUAUUUUGGAGGCACUAGCCAUCAACGAGAGUGCGAGUGGCAGUGGUAGAAGAAGACCUAUCAGUAGCAGACCAAAGAAACCCAAGGGCGGAAGAACCACAGCAUCCAUCUUUGAGAGUUUAUUGGAUACCAUGGGCAGUGAAGAGGAUCUCACUCGACCUGAUAUGAGUCUGUAUGUCAUGGACCCAAGUCAACAUCAAACCAUCUGCUUGAACGGCAUCACUGCUACCAACGCAUCAUCAUCAUCUCCCAGCAAUCGCAGUAACGGCAGUAGUAGUAGGCCAUCAGGCAAUAUACCCACUAGACCCACAUCCACCGCUGCUACCUCUUCUGUAACCAAUGCGAGCUCAUCUUCUUUUGCCAGACGAGUCAUGAACCAAGUCGACGACGACGAUAUACUAGUACGCCCUCGUAAAUACAAGACACCUGCUACAUCGACUAUCCUAAUGAAUGAUACAGCAGCUAGGAACAAGCAAAAACGACAGUACAAUGUAGACGACUACGAGAUGGAUCUCACUACAGGCGUAGCCUCACUGCCUGAACUCAACUCGACACAAUUGGCUCAACCAUCGUCUGCUGAUAUUGUGGAUUUGCUAUCAUCGCCAGAGACAUCACCUCGCUUGCACCAUCAUCAAGGCAGUAAUAAUGCGGAGGAGCCCACGUUUGACGGCCAAUUCGAUCUAGAUCAAGAUUAUUUCCCCAUGUCUCAGUUACGCAAUAGACAAAUAGCAGACGACACGUUUCAUUUCACUUAUUUGGAUACAGAUAAACAGCCGCAGCGACAUUUAGCGAAAGCAGCUGUGGAUAUCGAUGAUGUGAAUGGCGGAUUGGCUUAUCUUGUCAAAUACCAGACCAAGCAAGGCAGUCAUCCCAAGGCGAAGUGUCUGGUCAAGAGAAAGGUGGAAGGUGAUUUCACAUUAGCGUAUCUACCGGAAAUGCAUAGCGAAACUGUGUGUCCUGGCUUGCCUGCAACACCUAUUCUGCCGCUACAUCGAGAAGAAGAAGAUUUAUUUUGGCCAGCAUCAACUCGUACGACUAGUAGCAGCACACCUGUAAGAAACAAGACUUCCACUGCUGCCCUUUCUGCUGCUUCUCCUUCGCCUUCCUUUGUCAGUGACAGUCAGCCCAUGUUCCCUCUGCCCUCAUCACAAAACGACAUUGUAUCGCAACCGUUUUUCCCCUCGCAACAACCAAAGAAACUGGAUUUUGAUGCCAUUGUUGCCAGAGAACCCAUCACAGAGACACUGCGACCUGGAGAGUACGAAAUUGUGCUUGUAGUGGACAGUCGAGAGAUUCAAAUGAAGCAGAACCGCACCUACUUUCAAGACAGUUUAACAGCAAAAGGCGUGCCUUGUAUCACACGUUCCAUGGACCUGGGCGAUGUGAUUUGGAUUGCACGACCCAUUGGCAGCACCAACCAAGCAGAAGAGCUAUUUCUGGACUACAUUUUAGAGCGCAAACGUCUGGAUGAUCUGGUCUCCAGUAUCAAGGACGGUCGAUUCAUUGAGCAAAAGACACGGCUCAAGCGAUCAGGCGCCAAUAAGGUGAUUUACGUGGUGGAGAAUUACAAUCGAGAAGAAGCAGAACGCUUUGGUAUGCAGGCAGUCCAAACCGCCAUGUCUUCCACCCAGAUCAUUGACGGCAUCUUUUUAAAGCGCACCAACACAAUUGAUGAAACAGUGGAUUACUUGGUCUCGGCUACCAAACUGGUGAAGCGCUUGUACCAAGGACAUACAUUGCAUGCUAUUCCGGGUCAUGUCAUCACACGACAAAACUACCUCGAUCUAAAGCAAGCGUACAGCAAGAAGGCGGGUGACAAAGAAGCCUAUUUGGUGAGUUAUCCUCUGUUUGGUCAAUUGAAUACAAAGCAUGGAUCCACCAGCGUGCAUGAAGUGUACUUGAGAAUGCUUAUGACCAUUCGUGGUGUCAAUGCGGAAAAAGCACUAUCGCUAAUGAAGGUCUAUCCUACACCGAAGUCGCUUUUGGUGGCAUUUCAGAGCAAAUCCCCUGAAGAGGCAAAGAAUUUGGCCAAGGUAGCGACUCAGGAACACAUCAAUCGACGACGAUGGGGCGCCAAGAUCAGUGAGAGUUUGUAUAAUAUAUGGGGAGCCACGUCGUAUCCUGGAAGCGAUGACGAAGAACAGCAUGAGUAG